ACACCAUCCGCCCCUGACGCUACAAUAUAACUGUGUCUCCCCCUGCAGGCGGAGGAAAGAAUCCCAACUUUGGAGACGCGUACUACACCGGCAGAGAGUCCCGCGCCCAGACGCUCAGUAACGCGAGGAACAGCAUCACCACUCUGGGCCGCUCGCUGCAGAUGAACCAGCACUGUCUGGACACGGCCUUCAACUUCUACAAGAUGGCGCUGUCCAAGCGGCUGACCUACGGCCGCCGCUCAGCCCACGUGGUCGCCGCCUGCCUCUACCUGGUCUGCCGCACCGAGGGCACGCCCCACAUGCUGCUGGACCUCAGUGACAUCGUGCAGGUGAACGUGUACAUCCUGGGGAGAACCUUCCUGGUCCUGGCCCGAGAGCUCUGCAUCAACGCCCCGGCCAUAGACCCGUGUCUGUACAUCCCGCGCUUCGCCCAGCUGCUGGAGUUCGGGGAGAAGAACCGGGACGUGUCGAUGACGGCGCUGCGACUCCUCCAGAGGAUGAAGAGGGACUGGAUGCACACGGGCCGGAGGCCCUCCGGCCUCUGUGGGGCAGCUUUGCUGGUCGCCGCUCGCAUGCACGAUUUCCGCCGCACCAUCAAGGAGAUCAUCGCGGUGGUGAAGGUGUGCGAGGCCACACUGAGGAAACGGUUGACAGAGUUUGAGGCCACGCCCACCAGCCACCUGACGGUGGAGGAGUUCAUGAAGGUGGACCUGGCCACGGAGUGUGACCCCCCCUCCUUCACCGCCGGGAAGACCAAGAACAAAAUGGCAGAGCUCGAGAUGGAGCUGGAGAAGAAGAUGGUGGACGUGGAAGGCGAGAUCCAGAGCUACCACGACGAGAUCGAGACGGAGCUGGAGAGCUGCAGACCCAAGCUCAGGGGCGUGUACGCUGCCUACACCGGACACGACGAGUCGGACUCGGCGCCGGAGGUGAUCGAAGGCGAGGAGGUGAACGAGGAGGUGGACGAGGAGCUGAUGGCCGUGGCCAAGCACUUUGGGAAGGAGCUGAGCGAGCUCUCCCUGGCCGAUCUGGAGAAGGGAGGAGGAGGAGGCGGUGAGGAUGACGAGGAGGAGACGGAGGUAGCGGGGGGAGGGCGCCGAGGCCCCUCGCUGGAGUCCAUCCUGGGGCCCAUGCCCACCGCCGCCAGCCUGGGGCUCCAAGACUCCAUCAGGACGGCCGUCGACGAGGAGAAGGAGAACGACGCCGGAGAAAGCGGGGAGCUGGACCUGAGCGGGAUAGACGACGGCGAGAUUGAACGGUAUCUCCUCGACGACAAUGAAAUCAAGAUCAAGACGGCUGUGUGGAUGGCCGAGAACUCGGACUACCUGAAGGAACAGAAAGAGAAGGAAGCCAAGAUCGCCUUGGAGAAGGAGCUGGGCAUCUACAAGGAGAAGAAGACGCGGGCGUCGGGGAAGAAGCGGGGGCCGAUCCGCGCGCGCACGGCGGACGAGGCCAUCGAGAAGAUGCUGGAGCGCAAGAAGAUCUCGUCCAAGAUCAACUACGACGUCCUGAAGGACCUCAACGUCCGGCCGCCCGCCAGCCCCGCCCACUCGGCCACGCCCCCCCGCAGCGCCACGCCCACCAGGGGGUUCGCCGGGCGCAACGCGGUCCGCAGCCACGCCCCCCCCCCGCUGAGCCUGGGCACGCCGCUGAGCUCCCUGGGAAAAAGGCUCCAGCCCUUCAUCACCGGACAGCCUGCGAAGAAGGUGGCCGUGGAACAGGCCCCGGCCCUGGGCGUGGCCCCGGGCGCCGCGGACCCCUCCCGUCCCACGGCGGUGGCGGCGGUGGUGGAGAGCGGACCGGUGGUCUACGACGACGCGGGCGACGACGAAGAGGACGAUGACGAGGAGCCCUGCUUCAGCGCCAUGCAGCUCAUGGGCAGCAACGAUUAUGGCUGUGAGGGGGACUACGAUGAGGGGUUCUAGCCCUCGCCUCCCCCGCGGUGUCAGACGGGGGAGGGAACCAUUCUGACAACGACGCCGACGGGCGGCUUCCGCACGGGGGAAGAUGGCCGCCGCCGCAUCUCUCCCGACCGCCGUCGGGAACGGUGAGGUCAUCGCGGUCAUGAAGAAGAGGACCAGGGGCGUCCGGAACAAACACUUCAGAUGAAGACACUACGAACCAAACGCACCCCCCUACUGGCCCCGCCCAGCUAGAGGGGAGGGAAGGGAUCAAAUUAUUGAGUUUUGGAUCCACUUCCUCCUUCAGAUCAAUCCACUCAAUCAGCUUCCAGGGAUCCAGUGUUAGGAUUGGCUCAUUUUGGAUUCUGGUGCCUCUGAUUGGUUGACUGGGGUGAGGUUGGGGACGGAUGAUUGGUUGGAUCAGUGAUGGCCCAUCAAUGCGAAUGAAUGCCUUAACGUCCGUCUGUCGGACAUGCUGUCUGUCGGACAUGCUGUCUGUCUGUCUGUCCUCCAAAGGGUUAGCACUGCUGUGACACACAGACACACAGAGACACACAGACACACACACACACACAGACAGACACACAGACACAGAGACACAGAGACACAGACACACACACACACACACACACACACACACACACACACACACACACACACACACACACACACACACACACACACACACACACACAGAGUUACAAUCUUUGGCUGUAAAUCUGCCUGUUUCUGGAGGUACAUGUGGAGGUACACAUGGGUUCGAGAGCAGCGUUUAGUACUGUUGUGCGUUUGACGUCUAACGCAGUCGUGUCCCCUCCAGGGAAGAGGUCGUCACAGAUCCAGCGGGAGUUUUGUUGUCAGGAUUUUUAUCUCAUUUCAUUUUUAUUUUCCUUUUUUGAUCUUCUUUUGGGGCUGUGGGCGUGGCCAUACCCUGUGACUGACAGGCCGGUAUUAAGAUGCGUAUUGCUGCUAAAUAUAAUAUUCUAUAUGUUGACAUGAGCCUCGGAAGGCUGUGAACCCUGGCUGCUUCAGUAAAGACUCCCUCAAACGAA